UAAUACUGUCAGUGAAUCAAUACAUUAUUUUUUUGUCUGAUUAUCAUCAUUAUCAUCAUCGCAUUCCAACAAGUUGUCCAUAUGGAAAUAAAUAUAUAUAGUUAAUAUUAUGGAAGACAGUGGUAUAGAUAGUGAUCCAAAACCUAUGAAUCAUGCUGAAGAUGAUAGAUUAUUUUUGACAAGCGAUAGUAGUUGUAGUAGCAAUCAAGCGCAACCCCAACGUAGUACUACAAAACAGUUACAAAAAAAACUAGAAGCAAGAAUAGAACAAGCGAAAAGAAUUCAACGUGGGUCAGACUACAUAAAAUUAUCUAGUAAUGAUAAAACUAGUACAGUAUCCAAUAAUUCAAGUGGGUUGAUACCAAUUCAAAGACUGCCCAUUCCACAUAAAUCUAAUGAACAUCAUCCACUGGUAGAAUACUGGCAAAGUGACAGCGAGAGCGAGGAUGAAACUACUUUAUUUCCACUGUCACGGGGCAAGGACACUAGUAAACACAAACAAGAUCUUACGGACACAUUCAGUAUUGAGGAAUUGAGUGAAGGAAGCGAAGAUUCUUUGAAUCUAGGUCCUACUAAAUUACCUCAUCUACAUACUCGGACAUAUUCACCAACAGGAUGCUUCAAUUGCAAAUGUCGGAUUAUUUAAAAAUAUAUAUUUUAAGCUUCCAAACUAAAAAAUCAAAUUCAACUUUAAUAUGUAACUUACAUUUUAAUAUUUUUUAAUUUAUAGGCUUCAAUUUAUUAUUAUUAUUAUUGUUAUAUUGUACAUUUUAUUUUUUAUAUGUUUUAUUUAAAACAUGUACAUAGUCUUCCAAUAAUACUUUUCUAACAGUUUAUUUAAUUAAAUUAAUCGAAAAAUAUGCCAAAUGAAAAAAGUAAUUUUUGAAAUUGUACACUUGCCCGCGGACCUAUUCGGCUUAUUUGCAUUAAUCUUCUCUAUUUAUAUGCAUACUCACGUUCACUUAAAUAUGUUAAUUUUCACUGAUAAUAUGAUUAUUCUAUCGCUAAGUGACGGUGACUCUUGAUGAAGAAAAAAAAAAAACAAAUAAUAAAUUAAUGGUGAAAAAAUAAGAUGUGAAAUGAUAAAAAUAAUAAUAAUAAAAAAAAAUUAUA